GGCGGAAGUGGCUGCUGCGCCGCGCGCCAUUUUCAAACCGGCGUUGGGGCCGGGGCCUCCCGGGGCUGCGGGGCUCCCGCUGCGGUACAGGCCGCUCCCGCCCCAUGCGCUGUGAGCGCGGGCAGGGCCGAGCAGCCCGGCGGCCGCUGGGACCGUGUUUCCUCCGGGCUCUGCCGAUACAUCGGUGACACGGCUCGGCAGCUCCUCCGUGCUUUGCCCUGGAAGGAUUUACCUUCAGCAGCGUGUCGGUGUCCUUCUCUUCCUGAAUUUCACAAAAGCCACUUGUGAGCUGUGCUUACAAUGACGACAGCAGCGGAGCGCAAGUUCGUUAACCUCAGGAAACGCCUGGAUCAGCUGGGCUAUCGGCAGCCCUUGGGAGUGGACAGUUUGCCUUUGGUGGAAAAGCUUUUUAGUGACCUCGUUCAUACAACAGAGAGCCUGCGCAGUGCUAAGUUAUCUGCUGGAAAAAUUGAAAAGGAGUGCAGCAAUUAUGAUGCUAUUAUAGAGCCAUAUAGAACUGAGAAUGCAAAACUUACCAGGGAAAAUAAUGAGCUGCAUUUGGAAGUAUUAAAACUGAAAGAGCAAUCUGACCAUUAUAUUAAAGAUUUGAAAGCCAGCUUAAGGAAGGUUGAAAAUGAAGCGGCUGACUUGAGAUUCCUGAAUAACCAGUAUAUGCAUAAAAUUAAACUGCUGGAAAAAGAGAGCAAAGCCAAGACUGAAAAAAUUCAGCAGCUUCAGGAGAAGAAUUUGCAAGCAGUGGUGCAAACUCCUGGUGGCAGAAAAAGGAACAUCCCAUUCAGGCGUCAACGCAUGCAGAUAGACCAGCCUGUCCCUCCAUCAGCUGUCAGUGCAUACCCAGUGCCUCAACCAGAGGAUCCCUACGUUGCAGACCUUCUUCAGGUGGCUGAUAAUCGAAUACAAGAACUUCAGUCAGAAGUAACAAGGUUACAGGAAAAACUAGAGAUAUCAGAAAAUGGAAAGAAAAAUUACAGCAAGCAGGUUGAGCUUAGAGACAAAGAAAUAGAACGCCUAAUGAUAGCAUUGGAUGGUGGUCGUUCUCAUGAAGUUAUAGCUCUGGAAUCAAGAAGUAAAAGCAAUGAGAAACUUAUUGCCCAAUUAAAUUCACAGGUUGAAUAUCUUCAGCAGUCAAACAAAGAACUUGAAAAUCGCAUUCAAGACCUCAUGGACACAAAAAAAAAUGUGACUAGUGAAGUAGUGCACUUAAGCAAUAAAAAUGAGGAACUCUGUCAAGAACUGAAUGAAAUAGACCAUUUGGCCCAGCAAUUGGAAAGACAUAAGGAAAUUGUGCUUGAAACUGCAGAUAAAGAAAUAGAAGAAGCAAAGAAAGAAAUUGAAAGAAAAGACAGUGAAAUACAGGAUCUUGAAGAAACCGUAACGAGGCUUAAAUCAGAAUUGUGCUCAUGUCGUCAACAGAACGAGAGAUUGAGUGAAGAACUCUUUGGAAAAGAAAAUGAUGAAGAGAAUCUUGAAUUACUGCUAAAUCAGCUUGAACAAGAGAAACAGAGGCUGACAGAAAAAACAGAGAACUUUGAAAUAAAAGAACGAGAACUUGUCCUAGAAAUAGAAAGAAUGAGAUUAGAAUACGGUAUAGCUCUAGGAGACAAAUCUCCAUCUCGUCUAGAUGCAUUUGUCAAAACAUUAGAAGAUGACAGAGAUUAUUAUAAAAGAGAAUUAGAUUAUCUUCAGAAAAUGAUAAAACGAAGACCUAGCCCAAGUCGUAGGACUCCAGAGAAGAGUGAAGACCUGAGACUGAUCACUAGAGAAAGAGAUGAGCUACAGUCCAUGUUAGACAGAUUUGAAAAGCAUAUGAUAGAAAUUCAAUCCAAUGUCAAGCUAUUGACUGCGGAAAAAGACAGAUUAAGUAUUCUUUAUGAGCAGUCUCAGAGUGAAUUAAACAGGCUGAGAAUGGAAGCAAAACAUCAUUUGGUUUCUCAAAGUCAUGUGGGAGAAGAUGGAGAUGUUGCACUGGCAGACUUUAGAAGACUGAUGGCAGAAAAGGAAAGUCUGAGAGAAAAGUUAAAGAUUCAGCAAGAAGCGGCUAACCUUGAAAAAUCAAAGAUGCAGCAUGAUAUUUCAGUACUGGAAAAUAACAUUCAACAAUUUGAGUUGGAAAGGUGUGAACUGAAGAGUACAAUCUCUAUCCUGAAAGAAAGAAUCAAGUCUUUGGAAAAUGAAUUAAAAUUAAAGUCCAAUAAACUUAUCCAGACAUCUGAUGAUUCUUCUCAAAUUAAAGCUGAACUUUGCUCACUUCAGCUCUUAAAUGACCAACUCCAGAGGACUGUGGAAGACUUACAGCACCGACUGUCUCUCAAAAAGGAUGAACUUCAGUCAGCUCAAGAAGAAAUUGUAAAGCUAGAGGAAAAAAUAGAUAGGUUAAACCAGAAGAGCACUUCACAAGAUGAGGCAGUCAAUGUGCUUAGAAGUACUAUUACUGUUUUGGACAAAGAAAAGGAUAAUCUUCAAGAAACUGUAGAUGAAAAAACAGAAAGAAUUGCAUGCUUAGAUGACAACUUAGCUAACAAGGAAAAGACAAUUACUCACUUACGGCUAACGCUCUCUGAGCUGGAGUCAUCAACGGACCAGCUAAAGGACCUCCUGAGCAGCAGAGACCGGGAGAUAGCUAGCUUACGUCGCCAGCUUGAUGCAUCCCACACAGAGAUUGCAGAAACAGGAAGAGUGAAGGAAAUAGCUCUGAAAGAAAACCGACGACUACAAGAUGACCUAGCUACAAUGACCAGAGAAAACCAGGCUGUCAGUUCUGAGCUUGAAGAUGCAAUACGUGAAAAGGAAGAAAUGAAAACUAGAGUUCAUAAUUAUAUAGCUGAAGUUUCCAGAUUUGAGAAUCUGAUAGCUUCAAAGGAAAAAGAAAACCAAGAAUUGCUAGAGAAGUUCCGAAUGCUCCAUACACAAGCUGAGGACUGGGAAAUCAAGGCUCAUCAAGCUGAAGGGGAAAGCAGCUCAAUUCGACUAGAACUCCUUUCUGUAGAUACGGAUCGGAGACAUCUUAGAGAGAGAGUAGAACUUCUGGAAAAAGAGAUUCAAGAGCAUAUGAUUGCACAUCAAGCUUAUGAAUCCCAGAUCUCCUCCAUUACAAAAAAUAUGUCUAAAUUGGAAGAGGACAUUAAACGUGAACAUCAGGAUAAGUCUUCCGUGUUGGCUGACCUGGCUUCUGUGAGAGAACUUUGUGUUAAACUUGAAGCUAGCAAAGAUCUUUUAUCUCGGCAGCUUGCAUCUAAAAGCGUGGAUUAUGAAAGGGUUCUAGGUGAAUUAGAAGAUGUGAAAUCAGAAGCAGAGUUGCUGAAAAAGCAGUUAUCCAGUGAGAGAAUUACAAUUCAGAAUCUUGAAACGUUGCUGGCUACCAGUAGAGAUAAAGAAUUUCAGAACCAUUUAACGUCUCAUGAAAAAGAUUCAGAAAUUCAGUUACUGAAAGACAAGCUAACACUUGCUGAGGGGAAACUAAGCAGUCAUAGUAGAGAGGUUUCCAUGCUUCGAAGUAAAGUUGCUCAGCUGCAGACUGACUACGAUGUUUUAAAAAGACAGCUAACGACUGAAAGAUUUGAACGAGAGCGUGCAAUUCAGGAAAUGCGUCGACAUGGUCUCUCUACAUCAUCAUUGCGCGCUUCACCCCCUCUCAGUUCUACAUUAAGGUCUCCCUCACAUUCUCCAGAUCGUGCAGUUGCAAAGACAGCCGAUCAAGCAGCAGCUGAAAAAAACGUGAGCUUCAAGGAGUAACCAGUACGUGAGCAAUCAAACAUAACGUUUCUGUUUUAUAUGGACUUAUUAUUGAAAAUUAUGAAGGAUGACUUGUGUUCUACCUCUGUUUUCUUCAAAUCAGUGAUUACUUCUGUGAAAUCUCUGAAAACCUGUGAAGGAAUCAACUCUGCAAAAUUCUACCCUCCCAAACUGACUGGGAUGACUAGAUUUUUGUAGGUUGUAUCAAGGCUGGCUAGGUUUUGUGACUAUCGCAAACACAAUGUAAUUAUAUGAAAGAAACAAGUAUAUGAUAAUCUCUUGUUUUCUAUUAUUAUUUUAUUUUUAGUUGUUUCUCUUAUGUGGUUACAGAAGUUUGUCUAUUUUAUUGUGAGCUAACAGGAGAAUAGCAUAUACGUCUACCUUAAAAGUACUGAGCCAGCAUAUGCUUUAUACUGAUAUCCUUUGUGUUUGGAUUUUUAACAAGCGUUUUCUCAAUACUUUAAAUAUCAUGAAGAACAUUUAUAUAUUUUGUGCAUGUGUUUUGCUUACUUAGCAUUUUUUCUUAAUAAAGAAUAUCAGUUGUUCUUUAUUGUUUCUGUCAUGUAACUACCCAUCUCCCUUUACUUAGUGUUUAUGUACAACUGCAUUUUUAAAUAUUGUCCCAAUAUUAAAUAAAAUUGAAAACUGGUAUUUUAAAAAAUGUAUUGAAAUAAAUGUUAUAAAACUAAUGAAAAAGUAUAUUCAGAUUUCCAAAUCACAUCAGGAGAUUAAAAACAUAAUUUUUUUUAAAGAGCAUAACGUCUGGAAUCCUUCACACAGUUCAAGCUGUUUGCGAGGUGAUACAGACUAUGAUGCAUUAGAUAAAAGUAGAGAGAGAUAAUCUUUAAAAUAUUGAGUGAGUUUAGCAGAAGAGCUACAAAGUUGGACUAUGAAGUGUGCUGUCAGGAUCUUAUGGUAUUCUCUUCAUGUCCAUCUACGCAGGAAAUUGUACAUCAGAUCACUGUUCUACUCCAGAACGCCUGGCAGUUGAGUUUGAUAUGGUGUGUAUUCACAGGUGUCAUGUUGAGGACUGGAAGUCGGGGAGCUGACUGUUGUGCAUCUUUCCAUUAACCAACAGAUGGGGCUAUGAUUGCUAAAUGUUUUGAAUGAUAAUUAAAAAAAAAAAAAAAAAGUGAUUACCAGCUAAUAUUGAAAGCAUCCCUAAAGUGUAAGUAAACAACAUAUUAAAUGACAAGGAAAACAUUUCUUUUUUUGCUUUUAGAAUUCAUCCAUUUUGCACAAUGAUUGUUACAGUUGUAAAUUAUACAGGAUACUGGGUUAACUGGAAAUAUUGUCUCAUAUAAUUGUAGAUAAAUAUUAAUUGCAAGCAAUAUUGAUAUAUUUAUUUUUACAUAUUGUUACACUUAAUGUGUCUGUGUAUGUAUUGUAUUUUACUAAUUAAAAACAACUUAGAACACAUUCAGAAGUACCUGAAAAUGCUUGUAUCAGAUUAGGCUUCUGAGCCUUUGGAAGUAAUUGUUUAUUUUAAAAUGUGUGCAGCCUUACCUUUUACUUCUGAUGUCUCAUUUGCCAGUUACACAAAUGGGGGAGGUUGUUUUCUCUUAGGUAUGGUUUAUCACCGUUUGUAAAUAAGUCAGUAGUUUUUUUAUGCUGAUUCAUUUUCUGCUCUCAGUUCUUUCAGGAGUGGCUCCUAAACACCUUAUUUUGCAUAUGAAGCCUUCAAACUGGAAUUUAAAUUAAAAAGACAAAUGUUCCAUCUUAUUGACAAAUAUUUAUUCCUCUAUGAAAUUUAUAUUUUGUCUUCAUUAUUAAAGCUGUAACACAUUAAUAAUCCUUCUUACAUGACUGUCAACUGUAAAGAUUAGUGGAUCGUGGAACACAGCAGGUAUAAUAAAGAGAAUCAAGGUAUCAUUGCAGAGACUAAAGUCUGUGCAGCUUUCUAAAACAAAAACUGCUGAUAUUCAGACAUCAUUUUACCUUCCGGUGCUAUUAUUUUGUAUACACUUUUGUAAGAAACUACAUUAAAAACAUAAUUAUACAACUUUACAUUAAAAUAAAAUAUAUCAAAUAUAAGCCAGGAAUAUGAUCAACUCUGUCAGGCUCUGUUCAACGAAGCUUCUGUGCUGUUCUCAACUGCUGAAAGACCAAAAGGUCAUGGAAGUCCCACGAACUGCUUUAAUCAUCAUUUGGGGUGAGUAGAAAGCAGAGUAGGGCAGACAUUAAAUCUUACUUAAUCUGUUUUCUGUGGUUUUCUACAGAUGGGAAUGGAGGAAAAGCAUUAGAAGAAUAAUAAAGGUGAGGCUGUAAUUAUUGGGGCUGUUCUUUCUACAAAACAAGUGUAUUGUCAAAAGUGGAGAGAAUGAAAGGAUGGUUUUUAUAAACUUAUUAAAACUCAAAGUGCUUGAUUAAACUUA